UUCUCCUUUUUAAUUAUUGUCUCUAUUUCUUGUCUUAGAGUUCACUUGAAACUCUCUAUGUCCUGUCUUUGAAAUUCGAAGCAUAUAUAGCACAGCAGUUUCCACAAGGCUUACAACCCAACCAACUAACUUACCCCUGCAGUUCUGCAAAAGCUCUACAAUUCUCUUCCCUGAAACCAUUAUCUCUAUUUUUGUGUUCUUAAUUUAAUCACCUAGGAACUUGCUAUGGAGAAGAUUACAAAAAUAAGCAAUGCAAGUGACGAUGAUGUUGAUGAGGGGCAGCAUCACACUAACGAAGUGCAGGAGAAGAUAAUCCUAAACCCUAAUUUUGAGGAUGGCCUGAACAACUGGACUGGAAGAGCGUGCAAGAUUGUCUUACACGAAUAUAUGGACGGAGGGAGAAUCUUGCCGCUCUCAGGAAAAGUUUUCGCAUCAGCAACACAGCGUAAAGACACAUGGAAUGGUAUUCAACAGGAGAUUUCGGGAAGGUUCCAGAGGAAGCGUGUGUACGAAGUAACAGCAGUGGUUCGAAUAUUUGGCAACAAUGUCACAAGUGCAACAGUACAGGCUACUCUCUGGGUCUUAAACGCAAACCAACGUGAACAAUACAUAGGCAUUGCAAAUGUGCAGGCAACUGAUAAGAAUUGGGUAGAGUUUAAGGGUAAAUUCAUAAUCCAUGGUUCACCAUCGAGGGCAAUACUAUACCUUGAAGGUCCACCUCCAGGAUCUGACAUUCUUCUCAACAGUUUAGUUGUCAAACAUGCUCGAAGGAAUCGUCCAUCGCCUCCACCAUUCUACGAGAAUCCUGGUUUCGGAGUCAAUAUAGUUGAAAACAGUGAAGUGGUAGAUGGGACAACACAGCCAUGGUUCACUUUAGGUAACUGCAAGUUGAGUGUGGGACAAGGCGCUCCUCGCACUCUGCCCCCAAUGGCGAGAGACACGCUUGGUCCUCAUAAACCUCUAGGAGGAAGCUACAUCCUCGUAAGUAACAGAACGCAGACUUGGAUGGGUCCGGCUCAGAUGAUAACCGAUAAACUCAAACUCUUUUUGACAUAUCAAGUCUCCGCAUGGGUCAAGAUUGGUGUGGGAGUGAGUGGUAGUAGUAUAAGUCCUCAAAAUGUGAACAUUGCACUUAGCGUUGAUAACGAAUGGGUCAACGGAGGACAACUCGAGGUCACUGUUGGUGAUGCAUGGCAUGAAAUUGGCGGAUCCUUUAGGCUCGAGAAGCAGCCACAAAAUGUCAUGGUUUACGUUCAAGGUCCUGCAGCUGGCAUUGAUUUGAUGAUCGGGGCACUGCACAUUUUCCCCGUGGAUCGUCGAGAACGUAUCAGAUGUCUCAAGAGACAAGUUGACCAGGUACGCAAGCGCGACAUCGUCUUGAAAUUCUCAGGACUAGACGACGACUCCUUCGAUUUGUUUCCUUACAUAGUGAAGGUGAAACAAACAUACAACAGUUUCCCACUAGGAACGUGCAUUAACAGAUCAAGCAUAGACAAUGAAGACUUCGUAGAUUUCUUCACUAAGAACUUCAACUGGGCAGUGUUUGAAAACGAACUGAAGUGGAACUCGACAGAGGCCGAACGUGGGAAGCUCAAUUACCAAGAUGCAGACGACAUGUUGGAUCUGUGUAUCGGCAACAACAUCAACGUUAGAGGACACUGCAUCUUCUGGGAAGUUGAGUUCAGAGUACAGCCGUGGCUUCGCCAGCUCAACAAAACCGAGCUUAUGAACGCGGUCCAGAAGCGUGUCACGGACCUCCUGACACGAUACAAAGGUAAGUUCAAGCACUAUGAUGUUAACAACGAGAUGCUUCAUGGCUCUUUCUAUCAAGACAGACUCGGAAAAGGUGCACGAGCACUCAUGUUCAACAUUGCACACAAGCUUGAUCCAUCUGCUCUCCUCUUUGUGAACGAUUACCAUGUUGCGGACGGUGAUGACACACGCUCGUCCCCGGAGAAGUAUAUAAAACAAGUUCUUGAUUUGGAAGCUCAAGGUGCACCUAUAGGAGGCAUAGGGCUCCAAGGACAUAUGGUGAGUCCUGUUGGACCAAUCGUGUGCUCUGCUCUUGAUAAGCUCUCUGUUUUAGGUCAUCCCAUAUGGUUCACGGAGAUUGAUAUCUCCUCUAGCAAUGAGCACGUUAGAGGAGAGGAUCUUGAAGUCAUGUUGUGGGAAGCUUUUGCCCACCCUGCUGUUGAAGGAAUAAUGUUAUGGGGUUUCUGGGAACUAUCUAUGAAUAGGGAGAACGGACAUCUGGUGGAGGCAGAAGGAGAAGUAAACGAAGCCGGAAAAAGAUUUAUGGAUGUGAAACAAGAAUGGUUAUCUCAUGCAUAUGGGAUCAUCAAUGAUGAAUCAGAGUUCACAUUCAGAGGCUACCACGGGACUUACGCCGUCGAAAUUUGUACUCCGGCUGGGAUUGUUCUCAAAACGUUCGUCGUCGAAAAAGGAGACAGUCCACUUCUUAUCUCCAUUGAUCUCUCUUCUUUGUGAUGUUUGUGUUUCUUCUUUUUUCUCUCUUUUUUUUUUCAUUUGACCUGGUUUCUCUUAUAUAUGUAUGGGGACUUGUUUUGCGUGAAGCAUGUAACAUAUGUUCACAAAUUUAUGUUAUGUCUUGGUUUUUGAUUGAUUUAUACAAGUGCAAUAAAAGCAUGUGAAUAUUUGAUUGUUAUGACA